AGCGAGGUAGUUUGGUGCAGCUGCGACAGACAGCAUCUGAGGCAAGGAAAAUCACAGACACAACGCAAGGAAAACAAGAGCAAAAAUGCACACCAUCAAAGGAAGAACACACAAUAUGGCUGCUAUCACCAUCCGUCUGUUGACGGGGAUGAAAUAUCAAUUCAUAAUUCCGAACGCAGUUUCAAAACAGAUUUUUUGGUCACUAUCACAGUUUCAUAUCAGAUCGUGUGGUGUCGAUGCCGAAAUACCACUGAAGACCUUGAAUCAGCACAUUUUCGGUUGAAUUAAGAGAUUAGGAGGAUUUUUUUCUGUGAAUUCGAGCCAUAGUCAAAAAAUAAUUGUUGUUUUCGAUUUUAAUGAUGAAAAUUUUGUGAAGAAAAAAUAUUUUUGUUUGAAAAAGAAAUUUUGUGAAGGAAUUAGUGGAAAAGUGGAUAAAUUGAGCAGCAGUAUCCAAAAUUUGAUUCAAAAUAGAUGAAAAGCCAUUGAAAGUGAAGCGAAGAACAAUUAAAAUAACGAACUUACUUACCAAAUUAAACAAAUAUAUAUAGAAAAUAUAAAGAAAAAGGAAAAGUGGUCGGAAAGAGGUUUUUGUGAAAGAAAAUUUGAGUUGAAUUAAAAAAAAAAACUUUUUCAUCUGAAAGUCGAACAAUUUCGAUGAGUGUUGAUUGAAAACAAGAAUAUCUCGGCAAAUAUCCACAUCAAUUUAUAGCAAAUUGAAAUAAUUGCAAAACUUCAUUAUUUACUAAAGAAAGAGUUUAAAUAAUAGCAUUUAUUUGGUGUGGACGCGUUGAAAUCAACAAAGAUAUAUUCAGAAAAUGUCCACAUUUAACAAUGAACAUUGGGAUUUGAGUAAAUCUGCUCCGCAACAUCCCGACGGACCAUCUUACAUGUCAGACGUAGUGCCUCCGCCAUUCACACCUUCGAUUUGGAACCAAGAACAGCCACCGCCAAUGGUUUCUUAUCCAGAAUUAAUGGGAUUUCCAUGCUCUGAUUUAGCUCUUUGGCCGCGUUCACAAAUCGGUGGAUUAGUAUCGCAGCGUCUGUCUCCUCGUGGUGCAUUGACCGCAACAAAUACCAAUGGAAAUGCGAGUGUACCAAACAAGAAAACCAGACGACGAGUCGCAUCAAUGGCUCAGAGACGCGCAGCUAACAUUCGUGAACGUAGAAGAAUGUUCAAUUUGAACGAAGCAUUUGAUAAACUGCGACGAAAGGUGCCAACUUUCGCUUAUGAGAAACGUUUAUCUCGAAUCGAAACAUUACGCUUGGCAAUCACCUAUAUUGGUUUUAUGACGGAAAUUUUGGCUGGAACGCCGCCAAACGAGCCGAAUCGUGCAAAUGAGCUAGCUUACCCGCCAUCAACGUCGCAUCAUCAUCAUCAUCAUCAUAUACCGAUGCAGCGUGACUUUAUACCGCCAUACAAUCACCAGUGAAAAUGAUCCAAAUCACGUAAAUGAGCGAAAAUCGAUCGAUAGC